AUGGUCCUUCUAGGACUCGGUCUCCUGAUCGCCUCAGUUUCUUUUCUAUAUUAUAAACAUGCGCCUGCAGGAUGGUGGACAUUUCUCGAGAGAUUGAAUUUGCGGCCGGGGGGUAGGAUUCGGGAUGGGGGUAGCAAUCAAAAUCGAGAUGAAGAUGAGAAAGAGAAAGAAGGGAAACAAGAAGAUUCGACGCCGAGAAACAUAGGAGUAGAUGGACGGGAAGACAAAGAAGAGAAAUCUUCAACCUUGCCAUCACCACCAAAUCACACAAUAAAUGCGCCCACACGAAACUCUACAGCCGCAACAAAUGCGCCAACCUUCCAAAUCUCCGCCCCUUCUCAAACCCCCUCAAUACAACCCCCCUCUCCUCCUCCUUCCAAAGCCGCUCUCGACCGCGCCGCCAUGCCCCCACCACCUCCUCUCUUCAAAAAAUCCUCGACCACCUCAACUCCAACCCCAAAGACCAAAACCCAACCCAAAACCCCCUCAUCACCCACUACUCCGCGCGCGCACGCUUCUCAACCUCCUCUGCAAACUCCCCAAAUCCCUAGCUUUUCGCUCGACACUACGAAUUCCACAUCCUCAUCCAUAGAUCUAGAAUCUGAAUCCGAACCCGAACCAGAACCAGAAAUCCCCUCUUUCCCCGCUGCCCAUUCCGCACAACGCGCUUCGAAUACCGGGUCGCGAGUCCCUCCACGAUUAAAUCCUCUUCCUGCUUUUAAAUCCACAACCUCAUCACUCUCCGCCCCCUCUCGCAGCCCCCUCCCAAACCGCAACCCCCCCUCUCGCAGCCCCCUCCCAAACCGCAACCCCCCCUCCUCAUCACUCACAACCCCCUCCCUCGCCCCCCCACCAUCCCACACCACCAUCCCCUCCAAACCCCGCAAAAAGGUCCUCCUCACCCCCAACCACUCCCCCCUCGACUGGGCCCGUCUCACUUCCUCCCCGACCUCCAAUCUCCGCAAUCUCCCUCCCUCCACCCCUCUCCUCCGCGUUCCUCCUUCCCUCUUAAAACAAUUCUCCGGCCGAAAAGGUAAAGAUGCGUGGACGGUGCUGGGAGGGAAGGUGUAUAACAUUACUCCCUAUUUACCGUAUCAUCCGGGGGGCGAACCGGAACUACUAAAGUGUGCGGGAAGAGAUGGGACGAGAUUGUUUGGGGAGGUACAUCCGUGGGUUAAUUGGGAGGGUAUGCUGGAGGCGUGUUUGGUGGGGAUUAGUGUUGGGGAAGAGGAGUUUGAGGGGGUGGGCGGGUUGGAGGAUAUGGACUAG